AUUAAUUAAUAUGUGCUCACAUUCUUCUGUAACCCUGGUAGGGCGAGUGUUCAGCCCUCGUGGCCAUUCUCUGCUCUCUCUCUCACAACGAAGCCAAUAGUUGUGUAUGUGUGAGUGCAUUCUUGUUUUCAGUCCGUUUUACAAAUAGCUGCUGCGCGUGUUGUUGUGUUUGGCCCAGUAUUUCUCGUUCGUUUUCCGCAUUAAAUAAGGCUAGAAAAGUUUCGUGUUUGCCUAUGAGUGCGAUGUCUAGUGUCGAAUCGAAUGUGAAGCUGUUGCGGGCGGUGGAGAAGCAGUCGGCUCUUUAUGAUCGGAAUCAUGGAAGUUAUAGGAAAAGGCUUGCCAGCGAGAAUUGUUGGGACAUGGUGGCUUCGGAGACAGGAGAGUCGGUGGAGAAGUGUAGGCGACGGUGGCGUGUUUUGCGUAACGAGUACGCUCGUUGGAUGAACGUCGACGCCCAGCGGCGUCGCGCAGGAACUAAGCGCUUACCCUUCCAAUACGCGAAGGAUCUGAGUUUCCUCAGGCAACACCUGAACGUCCAAGAGGAUAUCGUUGACGAGGACGAAGAUAACGAGAGUGAGCGCGAUGCGAGUAUCACCGGCGAGAGCACGGCUGUUAAGAACACACAGCCCUUAAAAGAGGACGACAAGCCGCAGGAUAUCGCAGUUAACGAAAAGGAGCCGCCCAAGAAGCAAGGCUCGGCAACGGAUGAAGCUGAGAACAAGCCAUCAGACUCUCCCAAAAUAAAAGAGGAGAAAUCCGAAGAGAAGGAUAAAGGAAAAAAGAGCAAGGAGCCAACCGACUACGUCUGGGACGAGGAGGAAGGCGAGCCCAAUUCAGACAACGAGGAAGCUGUACCCACAAGCCCAAUCUCCACUGCUGACGAAACCGGAAAGCCAACUUUCUUCAUCAAGCAGACCGGCGAGGACAACCGUUUGAUCAUUCGCAAGAAAAACUUGUACGCCUCUGACUCCAAGGAUCCCCUUGAGGAAACAAUGGACGACAGCGCCGAAGAAUCGUGCGGCACUGGCAGCGACAGCCUAAGCGGCCGUCGCCCACGUCGCACCGUACGCGCCACGGGAGUUGGCGGAGUCAAGCAGCUCCCAGUGAAGAAGGCCGCCACCGAACAGCGUCUGACCAGACAGCAGCGCCGUAAAUCCAUGACGUUGGCUGCCGCUCGUAGUUCCAUAACAUCCCCGGUAAAGAUGACUCCGGUGCCCAAGUAUUUGGCCAACAGGAACCAGGCUCGGACGUCGACUAUAGUAGAAGCUACCAAUGAAGAUGCUGAAUCAAACCGACCAGUGGAUGCAGGGCUCGCUAAAGCCUUCGCCCUCACACGCGACGAUAUCUUUCCACGUCCAAAAGCUCCCGCUCCGACUGCGGUUUCGUCACAGUCCCAGACAGGCAUUAUCAUCACGCGUCGCAGUAGCAUCAUGGGCAGCCCAGCUGCGACUAUAAAGAUGCGGCAGGCGCCCACACCCGACAAGACGAAUACCCCAGUCUCAAGCCCUUCGCCAAGCAAUCAAGGCUCAGUCAAAGCCCCACCCGCACCGCCAAUCUCGAUCCCAGUUUCAGUCUCACUCCCAUUCCCCAAGGCCACUUCUGCCUCUACAUCCAACGGAAUCAGCAACAAUGCUCUACUGCUCACCAGCUCGCUGCCAAGCUCUGUGACGGUGACCACCCUGGUUGCGCCCACCACGAGCGCCGUCUCAAGCAGCGGCCAGGUGACUGCCAGUGCAUUGCCGAUCAUGACCGCAACUGGGGUCGGACCCACCGUGAUUCCCUCUUUUAUGACACUGAAGUCCAGAAUAGAGCGAGGAAUGCAGACAGAGAGCCCAGACAUUUUCUCUGAUGAGCACUUUUUAGAGAUGGUCCGCCCGCAGAUGGCGGAAAUGAAUCCCCGCCAGAAGUUACUCUUCAAGAAAAAGGUGUUCCAGUCCUUAAUGGAGACCUUUGAUGACGCAACUGCCUUCCCAAAUUCAGAUGAACAGCAGCAUUUCAACAUCAACACACCGUCUGGCUUUGAGCACGUCUCGGAUCGUGAGAUGCAUCUGGUGAGGGAGCUAGUGAGUAUGGUUUGUGCCGCCAAGCAGUCGGGCACAAUUUCGCAGCCCGGUCCUUUGCCCGUCGUCGCGGACACGUUGCGCCCGGCAGUUCGAGCCCCAACCGCAGCACCUGCCCCAACCGGGCAACCGCGCCACCUCAUUCAGCGCGUCUUCAAGCAGUGCAACGGAGUAAACCUGGUCACGUCUCCGGAGGAGAAGAAGAUUUACCGUAUUGUGCAGGCAAACGGCAAGCCGAGCGGCGUGGGCGCGGGCGUCGGCAUUGGUGUUAAUGUCCCCACGGAGCAGCUGCGCAAGAACAGCGCCGACAGCAACUGCUCCGGAACCAGCGUCAGUCGUGGUACCCGGGCUCCUCCGGCCAGCCCCAGGCGAGGCACAGCCGUAGCCGCUACACGGCCACAGAACGCCUCCGCGAUGAACACCCUUUUCGGGCCGAACCCGCAACAGGUGUUGCCCCCUAAGUCCGGACCUCUCAUCAAGGUGCGCGAAAUGCCCCGUAGAUUCUCCGUGUGUGGCAGCGGCGGACCCAUAAUGACCUUGGGCACGCCACCCGGCAACACGAACAUGAUUUCGCACAAUCCACAGCAGAAUCUCAAUCCCAUGGAAGCACAAAUGCUCAAGCGUCGCCUAAUGGGGGCCCCCGCCCCGGGCAUGGUACCGCCCAAUCAGCGGCCCCGUUACUCCGGGACCGUCGCACUUGGCCUCGGUUCUGGAGCUGCCGCGGCCCCACACGGCAACAGUAUACUGGUGAGAAAGUCGGCAGGCAGCGUAACCGCCAGCCAGAAGCAGCCCUCGCCGACCGGCGGGUCCUCGGCCCCGCAGCGCCUCCCGCAAAUCACCAGCGCCAAGGGAAACGCCUUCAACGACUUCGUGCAGCCCAAGCCGGCCUCCAGCUCCGGCUCCGGCUCCUCCCUGUCAGGGGUGCCUAGCUCUCCCCUGAAGCGGAGCCUAGUGGUGGCCAACACCAAGAAAACCGUCCCCGGUAUGAGGAUUGCCCUGGCUGAUGUGCUAGCCGAUCCGCAAGAGCAAGAGAAGCGUCGUACUCAGCGCGCAAAGGAGUACACGGUGACCGCUGCCACCAUCGCAGCUGAUGACUUCUCGGUCCUGGGCGGCGGCAUAGGACUCAAACGGGAGCCUCGGGACUCACUGGAGGAAGAUGGCGACGACAUUUUGGGCAUGUAAGGGAAUCAGACGAUUCGAAUAAGCCUUGACGCAUCUUUGAGAUCAAAAAAUUAAUGAGACAUAUAAUCCCAAAUUAUUUAGAAAACAAAAACACCAUUGAAAAUUUAGUAUAGUUUUUUUUUUUG